UAUUACUUCUUGGAGUUUUGAAAGGAUAAAAAAAUUAUGGUUUUAUGUAGUCUCUGUUAGCAUUACUACCAAACGUUAAACCAGUGUUACCAAAUGUAUCACUAGCAUCACCAAAGUGUUAAACAAUUUUUUGCAGAUUUAAAUCCUGGUGCUUGCUUUUCUUCAUGGUAUAAAAAUGUGCGUUAUGAAGCUUGUUUCUGUUUCUGAAUCAAUGGAAACACCUUUGACAAGCUACAAAAUUUUCACUUGUAUUGCCCAUUUCAUUUUGAGUAUGGUUAAAAAUUGUUCUCCCUUUUUCCAUUAUAAUUGCUUGACUUAAUGGCAUAUGCAUUCAUCUUCAUCACCAAUCCAGACGGAAAGUUGUUUUUUCAUUUCCUCAUUCAUGUUGCUUUUGGAAUGUGUAAUUUUUGUUCCAGAAGUCAUUGUGGUUGUAGUUAUUGAUAAGAUUGUUUCUUUAUUGUUUAGAAUUAUAUGCAUUGUUGAAGCAGACAAAUUCAAUGCUGUGCCAAUAUUGGAUUGCAGUUCAUAUGUAUAUAAUCAUCUGGACACGUGCAUUUUAGUUCCCUGCAAAAUGCUCCCCCCUUUACCGUUCUUUUACUUUGCAAUCAUCCAUUGUAAGAACUAAAAAUUGCCAAUAAAACAAAAUAUUAUGCUUAUAUCUCUAGACUCUGAAUAAUGCUGUAAAAUCAUAAAUGAUCAUAAAUCAACUAUGACAUAGUAAACAUGCUGUAAUGAUAUUGUGGCUAUCACCUUGAUGUGCUUACCUUGAGACCAACAGUAAAAUUGGCAAGAUACGGACACUGUGAAACAAAUUGUGCUGAUUGAUUAAAAAGUACCCACAUUGCGAUAACUAAGUGAUGAUUAUAUGCAUGCAAUUUUGGCAAGUCCUGAUACUGCUGUGUAAUACUGAAACAGCAUUAAGUGGAGCAGCAUCAAGAGGGGUCUUACAGUAUAGCAAAACAGUCAUUUAUACAUCUCCUGCAUUUAUGCAACUUUUUUUUCUUGGAUUCAUUGCUAUUGCAAAAUAUGAACAGCAAAAUAUUUUGUUUAUAUGAUCGUAACAUUGAAUGUUAUUUUUCCCUGACUUAUUGAAUGAUAUUUCUUUACACAACUUCUAUAAUUUUUUUAAAAAUCGUUUUUGUUUUCUUUGAAUAGCAUUUGAAAGUUUCUCAUUGGUAUGUGAGAAGGAAAAGAAAGAUCUGGAGUGUCUCAGAUGGGCUAAGAUUUAAAUAUCUGACAGGUGGAUAGAAGAAAGAUUGCUUGAAGAAAUAGCAAAGAAUGAAAUUAGCUAAUAAAGCAGAAAACCAGCAGGUAUAUUCCAUGCCAUUAGACCUAUCUAGUCAAACAUUAGAGAAUUCCACUUCUCAGACUUCCAGUGGUAUCACAGCAUUUACAAAACAGUUUCCCUCGGUCAGGAGAUUGGAUGAUGGUCUAAGAAGAUUUUCUGCUUUUUAUGGCUCUAUUCAACCAGUGACUUUUACAUGUGAUACUAAAGACCUCGUUUUAAAAGAUUUUGUUAUUCUUGAAAAUAAAUUGUUCUUUAUAUAUCAUGGUGUUCAUGACUUCUUAGUCGGGAUUCACAUUCUGUGUGCAGAUGAGCCCACUGUAUGUAAAAGCCUUUCCCAUCCUCCGUACCUGAUUACAAGUGGAUGUGAAGAAGUUCCUUAUCCUGUUUUAUUAUUAACUGAAAAUAAAAUAUCUUUGCUGUUAUAUGACAUUGAACAGGACAAGCUUGUUAAUGAACUUAUGAUUUAUCCAAGUGAUGGUGUUGUUGAAGAACUUGCAUUAUUAAAUAACUGGAGCAAUAUUCAUAUGGAUAUUGAAGUUCUUAAACUUGGACUUAGUAAUCGACAAUUAUAUACUGUGGAAUUUUUCUUGAAAACACUCUUUGAAGGAUUUUGUCAGCAAUGGAAUGCACCCUUAUCACCAAAGUGGUAUGAGAAAAUGCAAAAAGAAUGUAAUAUAUGGGAUACAGUUUUGAAUUUGGUUUCUGAGAAUGUAUGCAAAAACCUGACUGAGAGUCUUUCUUGUCAAUAUGCUGAACAACUACUUUAUGUCACAAUUAAUAUGGUAAUACAAAUACUAAGUGUAAUUGAGCAGAAGAAUGCAGAUGAUAGAACAUUUUUAAAGAAAGAUAAAGAUGUUUUGCUGUCAAAGUUUUCUGGAUUUAUUUUAAAUAUGAGAAAAUUACUUCGUGAGCAAGAUUCUUCGAGUACAGAUAUUUCAGAAAAUGAAUCCGAAAACAGCACAGAACAAUGUUUUAGCUGUGAUAUUUUAAAAUUAUGGACAGAUUGGAAGGAACGUCCUAAUGAUGAAAUCAUUAAAGAAUCUCUUCUAAAUGGGACAAUUCCACUUGCUCAAGCAUACUUUUCUUGUUGCUGCAAAAAUGAUUUUAAGAGUUCAUACCAAGAAUUUGAAAAAAAUUGUGACUGUUUUGUCAUUGAUUAUUUAAGACAAGGGCAAAUUCCUGAAGCUCUUAUUACUAUGUCAAAUAUGGGCAUUGAUAUAAAUAUCAAACUGAAAGACAUAUUUAAGCGUACCCCUGAGAAAGACAUCAGAAUGGCCAUCUUGAAGGAGCUACACAUGAGAGAUUUAUUAUCCAAUAGUGAUUCAAAUUCAUUGCAGUUUAUUUUGUUGUUAGAGAAGUUAUACCCAUGCACUUCUUUUGAUCAUGCACGUGUGUUGCUGGAUGAAAAACAAUCAUUUUAUGACAGUGAUGUCUGUUGUGUUGCCCCUGAAAGUGAUGCAACAUUAACAGUUGGGGAUUUUAUUGACUUUACUGAAGAUAACAGUGAAAAUGGUGCAUAUUGCCGCAUCGUUAUGAAUUGGCUUUCAACGUGGGAUGAUGAUGUAAAAAGACGAAUAUUGGCAUCACAUUUUCUGAAGAAUUCUCCUGUUCUGGAUUUCUUUAUGAAAGAAGAAAAUUCAAACAUUGUACUGAAUCCAUUAUCAGUAUGGUAUUACUUGCUUGAAAAUGGCAUUCUGCCAUAUCUUAUGAACUGGAUUGACACUUGGUUGGGCAAGUAUCCUCAAACAUCUGAGAGUUCUCUUUUCAAUAAAUGGCCAUUGAAUGCAGAAAUGAUAAAUGCUGUAUCCAGAAAAGCCACAUUUCAUGUGUCUGAGACUAUUUUAAAUGAAUUAGCGAGGCAUGGUGUAUUUUGUGAAGAAGAGCUGGAGGACAUUUCAUUAUUUUUAGCUCGAAUUGGUAAAGCUCAGUGCAACAUAAAUGAUAUUAUGUUAUUUACUUCUGAAAAAGCAGCAAUAUCAUUUUCUGACCUAUGUCACAGGCUGGCUCACUAUUGUCUGAAACAUAACUUAGUCUCCUUUUUAUAUUCUUUUGUGUCACAUAACUACAGCAAAUUUUCUAGUUGGCCAUCUUGUCAGUCAUGUGAUGUUCCACUUCUAUAUCUGACAAAGGCAUUCUUUUUAUGGUCUCAAGAUCAUGAGAAUGUUCUGCUAGCAUAUGAUGCUAUUGUUGGCACAGCUCAGUAUCUUUUUAACUUGGAAAACCCUUCUAAUACUGAAUUGCUUAUGAAAGUGCCACUCUCUUUGAGCCUUGCAGUUUUACUUUUUAAAUCACAGCCUUUAAAUGAAGUUAUGAAUGACAUUCUAAAAAGACCAUGUGCACCAGCAUCAUAUUUGAAAGAAAAAUUUCAGUCUUAUCCUUUGUUAUGUAAAUAUUUAUUCAAAACUCCAGAAGAAAGGUUCCACCCUGAUGUCACUGUUUAUGAGUUGUUAAAGGGUAGCAUUAUAUUUGAUACUUGUCAACUGUUUGGAUGGCAGUCAGCAAACUCUCUGAAAUCUGAAGAUGCUCAAACUGAACUUCCUCAUUUUUCUCUUAAAAGUCUUUCUGAACAAUAUGGCUUGAAGAAAGAUCUAACUUACCUAUAUUAUUUAAUGGAAGGACGGCCAAAUUAUGCAUAUCUGAAAUUUAUAGCUCAGGAGGUUGUUUUAGAAACAGGAUUAUCAAUUUCCAGAGUACGUUCUACAUGUAAAGAUGUGAUGGAUUAUGCUUUGUUAAAUUACAGAAGUGCUGAUAUUUGUGCAGCAUCUAUUUCAUUCAUAGAACUUUUAGGACAGGAUUCAUUACCUUUAAGGUGUUGUUUGAAUGCUGCAAAUAUAUUGCAUGAAAAUCAAGCUUUUAAUGAAGAAGCAAAUGAAAAAAGUUUCCCUGAAAUUGGCUGGAAAUUUAAACAAGCCUUUGUAAAUAAAGAUUCUGCUGCAAAUUUAAUAACUGAAAUUGAAAAUAUUUUUUUGAAGAAAUGGAAUCCUUACAGUACUGAACCAAGGGCUGUUUUUAAAGAUACUGUUUUGUGGAUGCCAGUAAUGACUCUUAGUCAUCUAUAUGAAGUUGAAGCUGGGAAUUCAUAUUUGAAUGAAUGUGCAAAGCAGAACAAUUGGUUUAAAUUUCUUGUAUUUUCACAAAUCUUCCAGAUUCCUAAAGAGCAGGUUCUAAAAGCAGUGUCUAGGUUUUCUAAUUCUUGUAUAUCAUAUCACAUUUCCCAUGCACUUAACAGAAGAUCAGCUUUGCUCUAUGAUGUUGCAUAUAAGACAAAAUCUAGUACUGUUUUGAAAUCAGAGGAGAGAGACAUGAGAAAAUCUUUAUACUCCCGUAUUGGUGUAAAACAAGGAACAUCUCCCGUAGAGCUGAAGAAAACUCCUGAACAGGAUGAGGACAAAAGCUCCAUUGCUACUGAAGAAACUUCUUCUUCUUCAUCAGAUGUAGAUUUAAGGUCAUUUGUUUUGAAAGAUCUGUUCAGUCAAUUGUUAUUAGCUCACAGUUCAGACACACCAUGGGAGUAUCUCUUACACACAAGUUUUGAAAUCAAAAAUCCAGCCCUGGCUAUCCUUGCUGCCUCCUACCAUGAUUCACCUCUGGAGAGUUGUUUUUUCAUGUGGCUGUAUACUAAUCUUCACCGUAAUGAGAGAGUAAAAAAAGAGCUUGACACUGCUUUUUCCCAGAUCAGAGUUACUAAUUGCAGUGCUGAUGAUGUAAAGAAACUUUUUGUAGUAGCUGUUCAAAAUCAUAAGAUUUUAACUCUGUGGCAAGGUGUUCUUUUUUUUCUAUCUUCUACCCCACUUUUACCAUUGAUGGACUUCUUAAGAAGUUUCAUGGUUUACAAGAAAUUUGAUGCCAGUGUUGAACUUUUCCAGAAUCAUUUGUGGGAUUAUCCCCAAAAUCGUGAAUCAUUGUCAGAGCUACAUUCUUUGUUAUGGAUUGAAAAUACGUCAGUCUGUAUAUUAAAAGAAGCUGUAAUUGCAUGUGCAACUAACUAUCAAAGGCUCAUUUUGCUUCGACAUUUUUCUCACACAAGAUUAGAAAAAUCAUUUUCCAAAGAAGUUUCUGUUCCACAGUUUAUGAAAGUAUGCCAAAUGAUUCAAUGCCUUGGGUCAAUAGAAGAUUUUGAUGUAAAGAGUUUUCUUCUUCCUGAAAAUGAUGUGAACUACAAGCAUAGUUGUUGGGAAACUUUGAAAAAGUUGCUUGAAAAUCACCUUUAUGAUGAUGCCCGUACAUUCACUACUGCUGCCAAACUUCCUGUCAAAGAAAUGAUUUUAUUGCAGAUUAACCAUGAAUCGGAAGAAGCUCGGAAAAGUAGCCAAUGGAAUAAUUUGACUCAUCGUAUUGAUUUUUGGCACCAUAUUUUAGACACACUUAAUCAAAAUGCUAUUCCUUUAGAAGCAACUAUUGAAUUUUUAGAUAAUCAGUGUGAAGUUUCUGAUAUAUACGGAGAAAAAUAUUUCUUGAUAUAUUCCAUGGUUAACAUUCUAAGUGAUGCAAAUAAACAUAGUAGUUUGCCUGAUGCUACAGUAUUUGAUUUGGAAGGCUUAAAAAGAAAAAUGUGGUGGUUGUGUCUUAAAGCUGAAGUAAAUAAACAGCUGUUGCCAGAAAUAUUUGAUGUGAAGCCAGUUCAUGAAUUUGAUGCUCUUGAUCUGUCAUUUGACACAAAAAGCAUGUUUAAUGUUCAUAGCAUUGAAAAUGAAGAGGAAAGAAUUGCUAUUCAGUCUAUCAUAGGUCAGUUUCUUCGGAAAAAAGAUGUGCAGAAUGCAUUUCAACUAGCAAAAUCAUUCAAUUAUGAGUGUCAGGAUUUAAAAAUUGUAAAAAUAUGUCUUGAAAUUGCAACAAGUGAUAUAGAUCUGAAUGCUAUAGAUAUUUCAUCACCUGACUGUGCACCUGAAGUUUCAUCUUCUAGAUUUAUAAGAUCCCUUUUACUUUGGAUUAAUAAUGGCUAUUCAGGCAUAACUACUGCACAUAAAGACAAGAUCAAACUUAUGGAAAAAUUGAGCAGAAAAAGCAUUGUUUCUGUUGCAGUUUGUCAUCAAAUAUUAGUUCAUUACACAGUUUCUGCUGUUUUGAUAGCAAAGUAUUGGGUUAUUGCUAAGGAAAAGAAUCACUUCAAGAUAUUGAAGGAUAUACUAGUUAAAAAAUUAUAUGAUGAACAUAUACUGGCCAAAUGUUUCAUUAUUGUUCAUGACCUUGCCGAUGUUGAUGUUGCUAGGUUUUUAAGUGAAGAAAUCUGGCACUCUCUGAAAAUUUUGUGCCCACUAAAUAUAACCUUAUUACCAGAGAAUAAAAGUGCAUUUUCUGAGAAUGUCAUAUAUGAUCCAUUGCGGGUGAGUGAAGGUUUUCAAUUAAUAGUGAAAUUAUGUCAAGAUCCUUCUGUAUUAGGUAAUCUCCUCAUGGAUAUAUUUUCCACAUAUGCUUGUGAACUCUCAUCUAAAAGCUCAGAUAAAGAUUUCUCUAUAACUGUUGAACUCUGCAUUUGUGCUCAUGAAUGCUUCACUGCUGCAUGUGAUGUGGAUGGUAUUUCAAAAAUUCUUCAUAAUUCUCAGAUGUUAGUCAGUCUUUUAGAAGAGGCUGAGAAAUUUGCAACAAUGGUCCAUCUUUUGACUGGCUUGGGGAGAUAUAGUGAAAUGAUGUAUGUGUUUGACACAUUAAAGUCACAUGAUAAGCUCAGUCUUCUUUUUGAGAAGAAUAUGGAAGAUGUACCUAAUCUACGAUUAGCUUUACUAGAUUACCUGAAGAGAUGCUCUCCUGCAGACAGUGACAGUUUGUUUUAUGCUGUUGCAAGUGGUUUUGGCAUGUAUAGGGAAAAGGCUGAAAUUCUGGAAAUGUCCGUGCAGAAACAACUGUCACAACUGUGCAAAAAAAACAUAGAUGCUGAUUUAAGUGAUGAAUUAGAAAAUGCUUUGCAAGUUCUGUCAGAAGCAGCAAAAAGUUAUUGCAAGGCUGAUUGUCUGCAUCAGGCUCAGCAUUGCACCCGUCUGGCACAAUUAAUUGCACUACAGAUACAUUUUCUACCAUCAGGAAUUUGGAUAAUUGGUUUAGAUGAUUCAUCAAUAUCAAGAUUUAUUACUCAGCAUGACAACUUUUCUCAAGCUUUAAUUGUUGCUGAAGAGUACAGGAAGCAUCAGCUAUGGGCUCAAGCUGUGCUUCAUAAUGUUGUAUUAAGAGGGGACAGAGAGUAUUUAAGAGAAUUUCAAGCACAUUUUGGUCUAUCUGCUUCUUUAAUUUCUGAUGUAGCAAAAAGGUUUAAAAAAGUGCCUACUAAAAAUGACAGUGCUUUGAGAAACAUGAAACUUCUUUUAUCGCUAUGUUCAAACAUAAAAGUCAAGUACUGCUUGGCAAACGAUUUAAGUUUUGGUGAUAUGGCAUCAGAAUUGUUAAUGGGAGAAGGCUCAUCUUACCUACAAGAUUUAAUAGCAAAUAAUAUUAUAAAAUAAUCUUAUAUGUGUAUUUAUUUUAUAAUUUUAAUGGGUGAUAUAUUGUACAAAUUUAUUUAAAUUGUAAAUGGUUUUAAUAAAUUUUAUGAAAUUUCUUUUUAAAUUUUAUAAGGUAUUUCUCCUGCCUUCUUAGCGAGCCUUCAGCCUUUGUUGUGUAGUGGUCCGCAUGCUCAGCAUGUAAUUGAGAGGUCUGUGGUUCGAUUCCUGGCGAAGGGUUGCUAAUUUUUCAUCUUUCCUGCUUCCAAAAAUACCUAAUGUCUCUCAGUUUUCAAGAUUAGAAUUACAAAAAUCAAAAAAAGCUAUAAAAUGUACGAGAAAGUAAACAGGAAACAAAGUUCUGAGACCUGCUUUAUGUAUUAAAGAAAGACUUGCAGAUGUCUGAUAAUGAAGAAUAUAGGAAAUAAUUAUAUGUUUUGAUUGUUUGUGGAAUUUAUUCGGUAACAUGUCAAACCUGCUGCCUUUUAAAAAUAUUUUUGAAAUAAAAUAUUUAACGUGUA